AGUGUUAUCUUGUCGCGGGCCACGAAACGACUCAUCGCCUCGGGCUACAACAACACAGUGACACGGCUGCUGAGCACACGACUGUGUCGCCAAGCUCCAGGUGUGCUGUCGUCUGUCGUGCGAGGUGCCAAGGCCACCAGGUGAGUACUACACGGGCGCGAACUCGAUAUAUAAUCCCAACAGCGACUUGCUUUGUCGGUUGUAAUAUCCUACUGAAACUCGCUUAGGGCCGACAGCAAGAUGUGAAGUGAAUGUAAUCUUGCUUACUUUGUAGGUGAAGGGUUUGAAAAGAUAUAACUUGAAUAUCUAACCCUGACUACGGAAAUUAUAUCAGGCUCUCUUGUAAUUAAGGUUUCGAACCCGGGGCCCCGCACGAUUUUUAGCAACGACUUGACGGUUGUCCCAUCCCGGGAGAUUGCCCCAUCCCGGGAGAUCGCCUUAAAUUAACCAGCUUGAUCCGCCACUGUAAUUUUUUUUUUAAGCAUAGGCAAAUAGGUUGCUUUUUUCCUUCUUCGUUUUUUUAAAUCCCUUACAUUCAAAAGGGGGGAGGGUGCUAAAUUGAACAUAAACAUGAGGUUCAGUGUUCAAAUAUUAACUUUAAGUCUCAAAUUUGACGCAUUGGCUAAGUAUACUAGUAAGCUGAAUUUCAAUGAAUAUAACAUGUCCCUUUCGUUUCACGUAAAGUAAAUGUUUCACAUAAAGUAUCGUAUCGCCUUGCGCGAAAUGUUUGUUGGUUGUUUGUAGCACGAUUAUAGCGGGCGGGGCUCUGGGGUGCCCAUGAAUGUUAAAAAUAAAAAAAAAUAACUAAAUAGGCAAAUGCCAUUUCCAGUUUGAAAACAUGUUUUCAACAUAAUCUCAGGAAUUUGUCGUGAAUUAAUUUUUAUUAUGAAAGUAUACAGUGCUGUUCCCCAAUUAGCAGGCAAUAUUCGACUGGGGUAGUAGCCUGGACUUGAGGUGCGUUUUGUUUAAAGUGAGGGAAGGUUGCUCAAUUCGUCAGCCUCACUCUCUCGUCCUUGCCUAUUUGAUACAUUGGCAAGACUUAGUCAAGACGACUAGUGGAAAUAGACCAGGAUGCUGAAGAUGACCAGCAGUGUGUGUGUGUUUUUUCUACUUUCCACGUGGUAGAAGUUGUAAUUGUUCAUUGUGUCAGUACCAUACCGCCCACGAAACUCACAUCUCCGUGGUUUGAUUUCAGAAUUUGCCUUCUCCUAGAUGAGUUGCCAUCCAAGGUUAACGCGCCCCAUCAACCCGGGGCAACCCGUCUAGAAACGUUAUCUGGGGAUUGCGUUAUCUGGGGAUUGAGCUUCCAGUCCACUAGCUUGGGAUCGGCUCAGGUUCGACCGCUCGGCCACCCAGCACCCAUCCAAAGUCAACAGUAAUGAAGCCUUAAAGUUGUAUGCCUCUUAUCAAUUCUUUUUUUUUCUUUUUCUUCAAACAGUGGUUUGCUUUACGUGAGUAGGAGCUUCAGGGUGACGCCCCCACAACGAAUCCACCAAGAGGGGCCGUACGGAGACCCCAAGACCACGAUGGAUUCCGGAAAAUCCCCAACCACCCCUUCGACAAUCACUCGGGCGGUAGGCGGGAAAGAAACCGGUUUCGGUCAGGUUCUCCUAGAAGGGGGCCUUUCGGGUGACAAGGGAUGUGGUGAUCCAUCACAGGUGACCGCCCUUGAAGUCGAGGGCGCGAUAAACGACGAGAAUUCCGGAAACGCGUCGGCUGAGAAUUCGCCCGCGGACGCCGGGCAUGGUGACGUCACAUCGCUUGCAGAAUCGGAGUUCGUGACCGGAACUGUGAGUCCGAUUGCAGACUUUGAAUCUCAGCAGACCGGACCCGUGGACGGCGAUACGGGAAACCAAACGCAAGAUUCGGAAAACCGAACACCGCCACCGGGUGAGAUCUCAACAAAAUUCAGAUAUCAACUUAAGACAUCGCCCACGAAUGCAGACACAACCCAGAAUCGGACCGGAAGCGAUAUUCACACACUGACCGAGAAUUUAAGGACAAGUUUCGGGGACAACUUCGGAAUGUUUAAAUGUCCGUUCUCCGACCAAGCCCUUCGGACAGCCGAUGAGAAAUCCGAACGGGCGCUGAUUCCCGGGAGGAUCAGCUCGAACUCGGGGACGGUCUCAGAAAUUUCCGAAACACCGCCUCACAACACCUGCGGCGCAACAGAACAAGAUAAUUCAUCGGGAACGAGCCUGGUGGGGGUGGGUCGUCAUGAGCUUUCAGAAAGCAAGAUGGCCGCGGACUCCGCUUCCGACAAAGGUUGGCGCAAUGGAGAUGGAGAUAUCGUAGUCGUGACCGGCGGUAACGGGUUUUUCGGUCAGCAUAUUGUCAAGAUGCUUCACCUGCGGGCCCCCCAUGUGAGCGAGAUCUGGGUUCUGGACAUCGCACCAUUUGAGCAAAAACUAGGUGAGUCCAUCUUUCUGUAGUCGUUGGCAAAUCUCAAGGUAUCGAGAUUAAACGUUAAUGUUUUCACACGUAUGGAUACCGCUCGUAGCACUGCUUUUUAAACUGAUCGAUUCACACGUAUGGAUAUCGCUCUUAGCACUGCUUUUUUUAACUGAUCGAUUCACACGUAUGGAUACCGCUCGUAGCACUGCUUUUUAAACUGAUCGAUUCACACGUAUGGAUAUCGCUCUUAGCACUGCCUUUUUUAAAUUGAUCGAUUCACACGUAUGGAUAUCGCUCUUAGCACUGCUUUUUUUUAAACUAAUCGAUAUUUAAAAUAAAAUUUCAAAAAAAGAUGCGGUUUAAUCUAUCUAUGGAACUGAAAUCGAACAAUCAAUUUCAGAUUCUAUUGACAUUGAUUCUUACAUGGGAUUAUAAAAUAUAUUUAGUAAUCAAUACAAAAAAAGGUGGGGGGAAAUGUGUAAGGUCUAAAUAUAAAUAAUAAAAGCCAUGUUUACCAACAUAUUUCAGACUUAGGGUCUAAAUAUAAAUAAAUGAAAGCCAUGUUUACCAAAAUAUUUCAGAUUUUGGGUCUAAAUAUAAAGGAAUGAAAGCCAUGUUAUGUAUACCAACAUAUUUCAGAUUAUGAAACCCAUGUUUACCAACAUAUAUUUCAGACUAUCAACCAACCAAGAAGGUCAAAUCGAUCAUCGGCGAUGUAACUGACGCAAGGUUCACGGCCUACUUACUGCGGGGGGCGACCUCAGUCAUUCACGUGGCCGGAAUCAUGAGUUGGGGAACGUUUCCAGACAUGGACGGCAUGGAAAAGGUCAACGUCAAAGGUCAGUUCAUUGACGUACUGGCGUCAAAGCGUUUUGUAAAGAGGACAGGACAGCGCGUCCUUCCAUAAUCAUCCCAUUUAAGGCAUGAAACUGGAUUCAGGGAACAAAAAAUGUUUUGGAAGGUUCACUGAAGACUCUUUAGACCGCCCAUAAGUAUAGUUACCACAAUGCAAAGAUCUCAUAAAGUACACUGUAGGACACAGGUCCGAAGCUUUGUACCCGUCUCAAACAAAAUUUAACAAACGGUAUCUAUACAUCAAGUAUAGUUUGGUGAUAUUGUUUAUCCGCCUCAAGGAAAUAGAACCGAACUGAUUGUAUUCACCUCUCCUUGUAUCUCACUAAAAGCAGGGGGAAAAAUUAGUGCGACUGCAGUACUCAUCUCAUCAUGAGGAGAAUAGAAAGGCCCCGGACACUAGCGACGCGGGCUUGUUCAAACCAAACGAUCAAUGAACCUUCUGAGACUUUUCUGAAACCCAUGUAAAGAACUCUUUACAACUUUUUUUUCUUUUUUUGCAGGGACCCUGAACGUGCUGAACGCUUGCCUCAAGAACAGCGUCAAGCGGCUCGUAUACUGCAGCACCGUCGACGUGGCCGUAGGCAGCCAGCCAAUCAGAGGAGGGGACGAAACGAACACGCGCGUGCCCGACAAGUUCCUGUUCCCGGGUUAUCCCGACACGAAGUAUCACGGGGAGAGACUCAUCCUGGGGUCCGGGCGCCCGAAGAGAGCCGACGGUCAGUUUAUUUUAUUGAAUAGGUUAAGGGCUGGACAUGACGUCUCCGGAAGGGGGGGGAGGCGCGUCAUCAAAUGGCAUCACUCAUGCUGAACAGUCCAACAACGUAAAUGUUAAAAAAAAAAUGACGUGCAGCUGACUCACAAAAUCAACCCCCCCCCUCCCCACCCACACUUUUUCCGUCUUUUCCACACACAAAACUUUCCGGACAAUUGACAUCGCGAUGUAAGAAAUUGCAGAACGUUGCAUGAAACUUUUGACAUGGCACUUCAAACAAAUGUUUGCAACUCCCAAAUAAAAAAAAAAUGACGUGCCGCUGACUCACAACACCAACCCCCCCCCUCCCCACCCACACUUUUUCCGUCUUUUCCACACACAAAACUUUCCGGACAAUUGACAUCGCGAUGUAAGAAAUUGAAGAACGUUGCAUGAAACUUUUGACAUGGAACUUCAAACAAAUGUUUGCAACUCCCAAAGAUGCUUUAAAAAAAAAAACGUUAUCAGACUCCCCCACACCACAGUAGUGCCUUCGUGCUAAUGCGCAUGCGUUGGUAGCAGCCGCGAGUUUGAAUAGUCAAGUCGCAUGAUAUUUAACUGAGCUUCCCGUGAUGCCUUCUUCUCCAGGGGGCCAACUGCAGACGGCGGUCCUCCGCGCCAACGUGUGUUAUGGAGAGCUUGACCAAUCCUAUGUGACCAACGCUUUGCGGAUGGCUGAACAGAACAAGGGAGUGCUCUACCAGGUAUAUGUCUACUUAACACCAUGCAAGGCUCAACACUGAACAAUAUCAGUGGCAAGGAGAUACGAACGGCCCAGUUGUAACAGGGACACCCCUCUUACAGGGCAUAUUUUAAAAGGGGACAAACCUCUCCCAACUGACCGGUUAUAACAGGGAAACCCAUCCGAAGGGCACGGUUAUAAAAGGGGAUCCCCUCCCGAAGUUUCAGUUCUAACAGGGACAAACCUUCGAAUGUCCCAGUUAAAAAUAGGGACAAACCUUCAAAUGGUCAGGUUAAAAUAGGGACAAACCUUCGAAUGGUCCAGUUAAAAAUAGGGACAAACAUUCGAAUGUCCCAUUUAAAAUUAGGGACAAACCUUCAAAUGGUCCAGUUAAAAUAGGGACAAACCUUCGAAUGUCCCAGCUAAAAAUAGGGACAAACCUUCGAAUGGUCCAGUUAAAAUAGGGACAAACCUUCAAAUGGUCCAGUUCUAACAGGGACAAACCUUCAAAUGUCCCAGUUAAAAAUAGGGAAAAACCUUCGAAUGGUCCAGUUCUAAAAGGGACACACCUUCAAAUGGUCCAGUUCUAAAAGGGACAAACCUUCGAAUGGUCCAGUUCUAAAAGGGACGACCCCCUCCCCCCACCCCCCCAUAUAGAUCGAGUGCUACAAAGGACACCCUUCCCAAAAGGUCCGGCUAUAGCAGGGACAUCAUUUCUAAUGGACCAGAUUUAAAGGGGCCAGAUAUAAAGGAAACCAGUUCUGAAAAUCCAUUAUAGCUGCACAUGGCCCCCAGCAUAAAAAAGGGGCUCAAAGGCCAGUGAGAAGGAGAUUGUAGGCCCUAAAAUAAUAUGAUGCUUCAGGUGGGUAAACAAGAGGGCAGGAUCUUCACUGAAUAGCACAUCCCCCAUUUUUUGAGAACCACUGUUUACAGUGACAUAGUGUGAGGGUGGGAUAAUAAAAAAUGGCCAUAAGGUAUGAAGCCUAUAAUAUUUUCACUGGUCAAAACACACUAGCUCUCCAACAAAAUUAUUUAUUAUCAGAUAUAGAUUAAGAGAGACACAGUUCAUUUUUAGUAACAUGAGUUUCUUGAAGUAAUUUAAAUUGCAGUUAGUCACAAAUCAAAUUAUUCCACACAAAAAAAAAAACUCCACCCCAAAGACACAAAAACACUGAAGAUAAUUAUUUAAUUUCACACUCCUUAACAAGAGAUCUAUGUCUCUAAACUUCUUUCAGGUCGGAGAUGGCUCUGCCAUGUUCCAGCAGGCUUACGUGGGCAACACAGCCUGGGCGUUCGUGUGUGCCGAUUCCGCGAUGAGGGAGAACCCAGAGCUCAGCAAUGAAAUCUUCUACAUCCCAGACAACACCCCCAUCCAGAACAGCUUCAACUUCAUAAGGCCCUACCUGGAGGCCCGGGGGUUCCAGCUCUCACCUAGACCCAUCAACUUCUCUCUGCUCCACGGAGCGGUGUCACUGGCUGAGGUCUUCGUGAAAGGGCUGUCUCCGCUCGUAAGGCUGAGUCUGCCUUUCCAGUCAUACACCCUCGCUUACAUCAACACAGAUCUCUACUUUAAUGGCUCCAAGGCCAGGAGGGUGCUGAAUUUUGAGCCUAUUUAUUCCCCCAACGAGGCCAGGGCGGCAUCGAUGAUUUACUAUAAAACCGUUGAUUUAGACGGAGGUCCUACAACGUGAAGAAAUUCAAAUUUAACAUGUGACUACUUGGUGGUUUGUAAGAGAUGCCCGGCUACUGCUGUCUUUAAGUCGGAUUACUUAUUGUUAACAGACUGCAUGAUUUUUGGCUCCUGUCUCAGCAUUCGAUGUUAUUUCUUGCAUAUUUAAAGAAAAAAAAAAUUAUUAUAUGUCGGCCUUUGAAUUUUGUUCUUCCAUUUAAAAAAUCUAUAACCAUUUUUAUAUUCAGCCAGUACACCCGGCAUUGCUCUGGUCUGUAGUUGGAAAAAACAGCCAAAGGGUUUUCAGCCUCUCAAAGUACCAAUCAAAAUUUAAAAUGUUCUCUUUU